AGGGUUAAGCCGUGGUAAAUAUAUAUAAGAAAAAUUCCAGAGAGACAAAUCUAAUCGGUCUUCAUUCAUCUUCUUCUUUCUUCUUCUCCUGCUAUCCACAAAGCGGCUCAGAAAUGGAGCAGGGGAAACAGGGAGUUAUGGUGGCUAAACUCAUGCCUAAUCAGAAUCCAAUUGAGCAGUUGCAACUUCGGUUCAAGGAGUUGGAGAAUGGUUUCAAGUCCUGGUUGUCCAAGCAGUCCUUGCCCGUUGAGGCCGCUGUCGUCACUGUCACCUCCGCUGCCCAGGGCGCUGCUAUUGGUGGUUUCAUGGGUACUCUUACCAACGAUGUCUCCUCCUCCCUUCCGACUCCUCCUCAGGGCUCCCUAAACCCUCAGGCUAUGGCCUCUCUCCAGCAAGCCCAGGCUCUAUCUGGGGGUCCCUUGGUACAAGCUCGGAACUUCGCUGUCAUGACUGGUGUCAAUGCUGGCAUAUCAUGUGUCCUGAAAAGAUUGAGAGGCAAGGAGGAUGUUCAGUCCAGCAUGGUAGCAGCUUUUGGUUCUGGAGCUAUGUUUUCAUUGGUGAGUGGCAUGGGUGGAGCAAAUCAGGCUGCAAAUGCAAUCACGUCUGGACUUUUUUUUGCACUUGUACAAGGUGGACUUUUCCAGUUAGGGCAAAAAUUUUCUCAACCGCCAGCUGAAGAUAUAUAUUAUACCAGAACAAGAACCAUGCUUAAUAAUCUUGGACUACAGAAUUAUGAGAAGAAUUUCAAGAGAGGGCUGUUAACAGACAACACUUUACCAUUGCUGACUGAUAGUGCUCUUAGAGAUGUCAAAAUCCCUCCUGGACCAAGACUCCUUAUUCUUGAUCAUAUUCAGAGGGACCCAGAGCUGAAAGAGAGGCGAGGCAUCCGUGGUUGAACUUAUAAUCACAAAAAACGAGUUAGCUAUGAGAAAGCACUUUCUAGUAUAGGGAAGUAGUUCUUAUUAUUACUAUACAAUUUGUGAGUUAAUUCUUCCUUCCAAGUUCCAACUGCUAUUUGUGAGUAUCACAGAAGCGUCUAAUGUGAGUCUCUUUUAUUUA